AUGCGUCGAGGACCAGGAAUCGCAGCUCUCGAUCGCUCGCUCCACUCGUCCACCGCCUUCUCGUCCCUCGGCGCCGACCUCACCGCAUCGCAACUUGCCGAGCUUCGUCAACAACUCGAGCUCUUCUCCACGUCUCUGCGCCACUUUUCGAGCCAACACCGCCACGAGAUCCGCAAAAAUGCACAGUUUCGUCAUGCGUUCCAAAAGAUGUGCUACAGCAUCGGCGUCGAUCCACUGUCGUCGUCAACGCGCAGUUCGGGUGGUCUAGCGGGGCUGUGGAGUGAUAUGUUGGGCUUAGGCGAUUGGCAGUACGAGCUAGGUGUGCAGAUCAUCGAUGUGUGCGUGAGCACGAGGGAUGUCAAUGGCGGAGUGAUAAGUAUGGACGAUCUAAUAACGAGGGUGACGCGAUUGAGAACUGGAUCCACCUCGACCUCAACAGCCAAGGGAAAAGCGGACAAGGACGCGAGCUCAGAGAUUACGCAAGACGACAUUGUCAGAAGCAUCAAGAUGCUCGCUCCAUUAGGAUGUGGCUACGAGGUAUUCUCAUUGGGGAAUGGCGGGCAGAAGAUGGUGAGGAGUGUUCCGAGAGAACUGGAUACCGAUACAAUGGUCGUACUGGGCAUGCUGCUGUCCAGCUCAUCGUCGACAGCAACAGUAGCAGCAGCAGCGGGACGAGCAGCCGAGCUCCCCUUUUUGACCGAGGAUACCCUCGUUACGCGUCAAAAGGCACGUGGCUGGACCAGAGACCGUGCGAGAGCAGUAUUGGAGAACAUGGCGUUGAGGGAAGGUAUGCUGUGGAUUGACGAACAGGCUUUCCCACCACGCUACUACUCAUUGGCCACUCUCGCGACCGGAUGA